AUGGAUGCUAAAGGCGAUAUUGCUGAGGUCCAUGUUGGAGGCGAUGUCGUUCGAUCUAGCAUUGGCAAAACUGAUGGCAUUGAAAUCGCGAACAACGGCGUGGUGGUCGACCAUGGCCUUCACAGAGCGCUGAAGCAGCGUCAUCUGCAAAUGAUUGCCCUGGGUGGUGUGAUCGGAGCGAGUAUCUGGUAUGGAGUGGGGGCCUCGAUAGCUGCCUCUGGGCCGAUUGGCUCACUGAUAUCCUUUGCCGUGAUUGGCAUUGACGUCUUCUUCGUAAUGCAAAGCCUUGGAGAGCUGGCUACGCUUUACCCAACUCCCGGUGCGUUCACCGAGCUGGCGGGUCGUUUCAUCGAUCCUGCUUUUUCGGUCGCCCUGGGUUGGAACUACUGGUACUUGUGGGCAAGUAAUAUCGCCGCCGAAUACAACCUCGUCGCCAUCUGCCUCAGCUUUUGGACAGACAAAGUGCCAGUCUACGGCUGGGUUUUACUGUCCUGGGCGUUCUACCAGGCAAUCUCCCUCUUUGGUGUCAUUGUGUACGGAGAACUCGAGUUCUGGCUCGCGUUGUGGAAGAUUUCCUGUGUGAUGGUCACAUAUCUCCUGGCGAUCCUGGUCAACACGGGCGGAAUAGGUGGUGAUUACAUUGGCUUCCGGUAUUGGAAAGACCCAGGACCAUUCGCAAAUGGUAUCAAUGGCUUCGGGCAGUCGUUUGUCCUUGCAGCCGUAUAUCAUUGUGGUACGGAAAUGGUUGCCAUUACUGGGGGUGAAAGCCGCAAUCCAAGCAGAGAUCUUCCGAAGGCAGUCAGAGCCACGAUGUUCCGCGUGGUCUUCAUCUACAUGGGUAUCAUGUUCUUCGCCAGCAUCUCCGUGGCGUCCAACGAUGACGGUCUCCUCACUUCAUCCAGCAGAGCAGCCAUGUCUCCGUUCGCCAUCGCUCUUAAGCAUGCAGGCUGGAGUGGCGGCCCCCAUCUAAUCAACGCAUUCAUCUUCACCGCGACCUUCUCGGCGACGAAUUCCUCCAUAUAUAUUGGGUCGCGCACGCUCUACGCGCUCGCUGAUCUCGGACGUGCACCGAAAUUCCUGCUCAAGACGUUCUUCGGCGGCGUGCCCGUCUACGCAGCGAUCGCGACCAACCUAGUCGGACUUCUGGCACUGGUAAACGCAGCCAGCGGCGCGGCGCAGACCUUCAAUUAUCUCAUCUCGCUCUCUGGCGCAGCCACCUUCAUUGCGUGGGGAGGCAUCGGCAUCACGCAUCUCCGUUUCCGACGUGCCUGGCACCUCCAGGGGCAUACCGAUGCAGAGCUCCCUUUCCGAGCGUUUCUGUACCCUUACGGUGCAUACUUCAUCACGAUCCUGAACAUUUUCCUGCUUUUCAUCCAGGGAUACGGAACCCUGCUGACGCCCUGGCAUCCCGUGGACUUUGUCUUUUCGUACCUGGUCAUUGUGCUGUUCUUGUUCAUCUUCUUGUUCUGGAAGUUCUACAAGAAGUCUAAGUUUGUCAAUUUGAGGGAGGUCGAUCUAUUGUACGGCCAGAGGCAGUUCUUGAGCAAUGACAGCGAGGAUGAGGAGAAGCCUUCGCUCUUUACCAGGGCUCUUCGCUCUGUCAAGAACAGGACGAGCGCGUAG